AAAUACGUUUGUCUCUAGGGAAAGAAUCUCAAUAGGCCAAAUCAAAAAUGUUUAAGCUUUCUUCUCUUACAAUGAAGUCCCAUGAAACCAUAUGGCAGCCUUUGAUAGUUCAUGGCAGUAUGAGAGCCGAAAAGGAGCGACUUGGUUUCCGUACAAAGGUACCUCGCAGUGUAAACAUGGAGAAAUUGCGGAAUGGUUAUUUGUUUCCUGAGAUAUCAAAGCUUGAGCUUCAACACACUGAGAAGUACCCAGAUGCAAAAUUAAUAAGCCUUGGAAUUGGUGAUACGACAGAACCGCUACCAGAAAUCAUAACCUCAAGCAUGGCUAAUUAUGCACAUGCCCUUUCAACUGCUGAUGGUUAUACAGGGUACGGACCGGAGCAAGGCAACAAGGCAUUGCGGGAGGCAAUUGCAAAAGUAUUCUAUAAAGAUCUACCAGUAAUAGACACAGAAGUUUUUGUAUCAGAUGGUGCUCAGUGUGAUAUUACUCGCCUUCAGCUGCUUCUCGGUUCAAAUGUGACAAUUGCUGUGCAAGAUCCAUCCUUUCCAGCUUAUAUAGACUCGAGUGUCAUAAUAGGGCAGGCUGGUGAGAUCAAAGAUGAAGCUGGGAGGUAUAGGAGCAUUGAAUACAUGAACUGCAGCCCACACAAUAAUUUUUUUCCUAACUUAUCAACCACUUCAAGAGCAGAUAUUAUAUUCUUUUGCUCUCCAAACAAUCCAACUGGUCAUGCAGCAACAAGGAAGCAAUUAGAGCAACUGGUAGAAUUUGCAAGACAGAAUGGAUCAAUUAUUAUAUAUGACUCUGCCUAUUCAUCUUAUAUCAGAGAUGAUAGUCCUCGAUCAAUAUACGAAAUUCCUGGUGCCAGAGAGGUUGCUAUUGAAAUUUCAUCAUUCUCCAAAUUUGCUGGGUUCACUGGCAUCCGUCUAGGUUGGACAGUUGUCCCUGAGGAACUCCUAUACUCCAAUGGUUUUCCUGUGAUACAUGACUUCAAUCGCAUUGUGUGCACAUGCUUUAAUGGAGCAUCUAAUAUUGCUCAAGCUGGUGGAUUAGCAUGUCUUUCCCCAGAAGGUAUCCAGGCUGUGCAUUCUAUGGUUGACUACUACAUGGAGAAUGCAAAGAUAUUGGUUGAGACAUUUGCUUCUCUUGGUUACCAAGUAUAUGGUGGUGCAAAUGCUCCAUACGUUUGGGUGCAUUUUCCUGGCUCAAGUUCUUGGGAUGUAUUCACUGAGAUUCUUGAAAAAACGCACAUCCUUACAGUUCCAGGUUCUGGAUUUGGUCCAGCUGGUGAAGGGUGCCUGAGAAUUAGUGCUUUUGGCCACAGAGAGAGUAUCCGAGAGGCCUCACGUAGGCUUAGAACCCUAUUUCAAUAA